AUGUCUAGUUUCUACGAUACAGGAGGUACCUGUGAACUCUCACAAACCUCAAAUGCUCUCGUCGCUUUCACCGACGGGAAUUACUCCGCGGCCAUCGGAGUCUUAACCGAAUUUGCAUCUCAAUAUGGUGAACAUGCGCAAGCGUUGUUAGCUCGCUCGUUAUGUUAUCUACAGCAAAGAGAGUUUCCUCGUGUUCUCGCCGACACCUCAAAAGUAAUAAAAUUAUAUACGAUAAACGACUAUAAUACCGAUUUAUUCUGCCACAUUUUAGCGUUAUGGUUAAGAAGUUUAGCCUUUGAAUCAUUGGAAAAAUGGCACGAAGCUAAACAAGAUCUGAAUCGACUUAAGACCCUGAUCUUGCAACACAAUAAUCCCAGCUUUACAGUCGAUGGAACAUUAUCAUUGUUCAUUUCCAACAUGGUUCCCUUGAUCAAUCAAAUUGGGGAUAAAUUCGUGGCAAAUAACCUUCAGUGCGUUACCGAGAGGUUGCAUCGUAUGAUGCAUUUGGAAGCGCAAGAGAUUUCUCGGAAUAACAACGCGACACAAGCUUUUCGAUUGAUUGAUCGAGUGACGAAGAAUUUCAACGAUUUCACUCAAGUUUUUCUUUAUCGUUUGCUAUUGAGAAUGCCAAUCCAUUCGAGUAUGCAUCUUGACAGGUGGUAUUCGUUGGAUCUCAUGUGUGUGAGUGAGAUGGGAUUGUUCAAAAGAACAGAUAUGGAGGGCAUAGAUGGAUAUAAACUUGGUUGUAAAAUACUCGAGAUUGGCAACAAAGAAACUUGUCAGUACGAAGUAAAAGUGAGGGCGAUGAGCCAAGUUAACUGUGAAUGGAGUGACGUGAUGGCAACCGAAUGGGCUGGUGUUCAAAGUAACGGCAAAGGUGGCUUAGAACUGAAGAUAACGAGAGUUAAUGACAGUGAUACAACAAGUAAAAUGCAUCGACCUGAUAAAGUAACAAGAGUUAAUAAUGGCCGUCGCAAUAGAAAAUCACCAAGAAAAAAUUCAUCUUUAUAUCUUCACGUUUUCCCGAUCUUGGAAAUGCCAUCUUCUUGUGGUUAUCAUUACGCUGUAACGCAACCAACGAAAUUGAACAACGCAUCCGCUACCGUAUCAACUCGGAACUCGAAUUCUCCUACGUCGAGUUGGUCGUGUGAAUCAUCAUCACCAUCGAUAAUUCCAUUCUCUAACGGACAGAAAUGUUCAUGGGGGAAUGACGAUUGUUUGGUUCAUAAUUUUAGGACCUUCGAACUUGCGCAUGGAAAAAAUUUAUUGAUCAAAGAGCUUUGGGAUUUCGGAAUUCCCGGUAAAAUUUGGGAUUCUGCCUUUAUCAUUGCAAAAUUAUUCACGAAUAAAAUAUUACAAGAUCCCAAAGCUCUUUUAGGCAAAUCCAUAUUGGACUUAUCGACUGGAACGGGCUUUCUUGGUCUCCAUCUUGCCGCUUUAUUAUCUGUUGUAAAUAACAAUACUAAUAAUAUUGUUGAUUUAAAUAAACAUAAAAGAACGCGCGUAAUCUUGACUGAUUUAGAGGAUGCCCUCAAGUUGAUACGAGUUAAUUAUUCACUCAACCAAUAUCUUUUUCAAAAUAAUCAAAAUAUGACGAUCAAUGUGGACGUGUUGAAAUGGGGCGACUCCAACAAAGCUAAAAAACUUGAACUCUUUGAUCAGUUAAUCCAAACAUUUGUCGAUCUUUGUGUUCCUGGACGCACAAAAAUGUAUCUUGGAUAUAAGCGUCGAGGUCUAUCAAUAGAACAAGAAGUUGAAUUUUUUUCGAAAUUGAACUCUAAAUUUAACAUGAAAAUCUUGGAGGGUGACGGAGAUCACGAAAACGAAGGUCAAGUUAGAAUUUACGAGUUAUGGAGCGAAAAAUUAAAAUGA